CCUGCUGGAUUUUCCAACAUGGAGGCCACAUCGGACUCUACUCAAAUUUAUCCUGAUGGCUCCAUAACGAAAAUCGUCUACCAUAACUUUUUGACGUAUGACGAUGUUGAAUGUAAGCCGGGUCCCAAUCUGAACAUGUUCAUUGGAACAAACGGAGCCGGCAAGAGCACGGUAAUUUGUGGAAUAUGUCUUGCUGUUGGUGGAAAUCCGAAGAUACUCGGACGAUCCGAACGAAUGGGAGAUUAUAUCAAGCAUAAACGUGAUGAAGGAUUUGUCGAGGUGUAUAUAGCGGACUCCACUAAAGGCGAACAGCGUGUGAAAAUUCUUCUCCAGCGACCGAGUGCGUAUUUGUUCGAAUACCAACUCAUGAUAGAAUUUCGAAAUAUCUUUCAUCAUUUUCAGAUUGACAACCCUUGUACAUUUCUUGCACAAGACAAAGUGAAGAGCUUCUCGGAGCAAAGUCCCGUUGAUCUUCUUAUGAACACUGAGAGGGCUGGAAACGCGUCACUAUUGGAGCAGCAUGAAGAACUGAUCAGAAAAAAGAAACACGAGAUUUUUCGGUAUCCUAACUCAAUAGAUCCUUUUCAAUCAGGCGAGAUUGCCAUGCUCCUCCCACGUGUCGAGAAUUACAAGAAGAAAGAAAGAAGUCCUGUUAAUGUCGUGAACUCGAGUGUAAUGGAAAUUGAUAGACAUUGUUUUAAAGAACACACUGUCACUACCGUUUAUCCAUUUUUGACCACAUCUCAUUGUUCCACCUGUGCUUUAGAGUUAAGAGAUGAGGCACGGCGAAUUGAUCAAGUUAUGGAAGGCCGUGUGCGGAUUCUGGAAAACCUACGCAGUAAUAUGGCUGAUGAGGCCUGGCGAUGGUACCAGGCAAAUCGAGACAAAUUUCGCCAUCCAGUUUACGUCCCGAUCCUUCACAUGACGGUGCCUGAUGCUAAAGCUGCAAUGCUACUUGAGAAUCUGAUAGCGGUCCGAGAUCUGCCCAUGUUCAUUUUUGGUUGUAAGGAAGAUGAGACUCUUUUGACUGACCGCAAGCACAACUGGAAGCUCAACUCGACUGUUGUGAACUUGUCUGCAUUGUCCACGACCGUAACUCAAGAAAUGAAAGGAUUCGGCUUCACUCGUUUUGCUGCCGAUCUAUUCACUGCCCCCGAUGUCGUAAAGCAAUACUUAUGUAAUGUCGCUCGUGUAAGUUUUUCUGGUGCGUCUGGUAUCGAAAUGCAGUGUCCCAUACGGGACUCGAAAAAGUGUUUUGUUCAGGAAAUUAUGGAAUGGAGGGAACCUGUGGAAGAUCUUAUUCGAAAAAUCAAUGUGAAUUAUUCAAAAUUCUUUGCUACAUUGGGAUGUGCUGGCGAAGUGUAUCUUGAGAUUCCUGAAGAUCCUGUAGCUUCCGUAAUGGUGAACGACUUCGCUGUGUUUAAGGUCCAAUCGGGAGGUGAACGAAGUGUUUCUACUAUGCUUUACUUGCUGGCACUUCAAGAAUUGUGCCCCGUCCCGUUUCGUUGUGUGGAUGAAAUCAAUCAAGGCAUGGAUCCAGUAAACGAGCGAAAAGUAUUUAGUAUUAUGGUGGACACGCUCAGUGGAGAAGGAAAUCUCGCCAAAACGCAGUAUUUCCUACUGACACCAAAACUGCUUCAUGGCCUGAAGUUCAAUCGGAAAGUGACUGUACAGAUUAAUUGGUCUCUGAUUUACGAUAGCGGACCUAAGCUCCUCCUUCAGUUACAAUUUAUGGGCAAGAAAGCAAUUAUGGAAAUUUGA